UAGGAGAUCAGACAGUGUUCAACAUGUGAAAUGGCUGUGGAGAUACAAAUCGGACGCUAAACCUGACAUCGUGAAAUCCUGCAUAGGCCUCCAUCCUCACAGUGACAUCUAUGUUAUAAAUAACAUGGCUUAUAGAAAAUCAAUUAAAUAUCACAAAUACAAAGCAGACAUCAGAUGUCUCUUGUACUGUUUACUGUUGGUUGAAGAGUACACACUAAAUAUCAAUGAAGAUGCCUACAUGACCAUGCUAAACAAGCUCAGAGAAAGAUAUUUUAACAAUGUGGCCAUGUCUGAUGUCAUAAGGACUACAGUCCCCCCUGAUGGAAUCGUACAUAUAGAAAACGAUCAGAUAAUGUUUGCAUCAGAUACUAUCCGACAUGACGUCAUGUACGCCUUUGUUACGGAGUGUUUGGUAGAGGACAGUGAUCUGGAGUUUUUCCUCACCACGGCAUCACGUGACGUGAUAUCAGAAUACUGCCGGUCCUGGGAAUACGAGAGGAGUGAGGAAGAAAGAUGUCUGUUUGUACCAAGAAUACCGGAGAAUAUGUACGACAUCUUCAUAAACAAACUACAGCUGGACAUCAUCACACACGUUACCGUGUCUGACCAAAAUAUUCAAGGCAGGAUCAAUAAACACUUGGGUGUCCCUAGAGAGGUAUUACAAUGGGACCAGGAGGCAAGAGAACGAUACGUGAAGUACACAAAGAGAGGAACACAGGCAGUCCACCAUGCCCGGGGGAUGAUUGUAGGGUGUGCUGGGGCUGGGAAAACCACGCUCCUGAAACGUCUACUCAAUCCAGAGGAAAAGGAGAUACCGAAUGUGACAUCAACAGAAGGCCUAGAAGUACACGAGGAAAUAUUCGAAAUUUGUGAUGGAAAACUGAAAAUUAAAUCAAACACUGACAAGCAUAUUUCGGAAAACAAGAAGCCUGGGGAUAUGAAUAAUUCUUUAGAAGAGGAUAUAACCAAAACAUUGAGUUUUUUUGACUUUGGAGGACAGUGUGCAUACUACGCCUGCCACCAGAUUUACCUGACCAGGAGAGCUUUCUACAUACUGGUAGUGGAUGCCUCCAAACAUCUAUACCAAGAAGUGGAUAAGAAUACAUGCGACCAGGAAGAUACUGUUUUUAAUGGUUGGACAUACAAAGAUUACUUUGAAUUCUGGUUGAAGUCGAUUCACACGUAUUGUUCGCAGCCAACUGAAAAAGAGGAGAAUGUUGAUGUUAUGAUAGUUGUAACGCAUUGGGAAAACCGCAUCGACCAGGACGCAAAAGCCUUCGAUAAAAUUCUACGCAACACAUUGUCGCCUCAUUCAAAUCUGGGACAGUAUAUCGGAGAGAAUUCUUUGUUCUAUGCACAGUUUCCGUUAGAACCCUUAAAGGAACUUGAAAAAUUCAUUGUUGAUCUUGCAAUGUCGAGAAAAUGGAGUGAAAAAAUACCUUACGAAUGGAAGUUUUUGAAUCAAGAGAUAGAGGACAAAAGAAUGAUCAAGCGUAUCAUGCCUUUUUCUGAUGUUUGCAAAAGAAUGCCAGUUAAUGAAAAUGAAAAAAAUGAGAGCACAAAGGACAUGUUGCGAUACUAUCACGACGCUGGAAAAGUCCUUUACUUCAAUGAAGAAGGACUCAAAGAGACAGUUAUCAUUGAUGUCCAAUGGUUUGUUGAUGCGUUUAAAAACAUUAUAACAGAUGCUAAUCACGUGAAAGGAAUAAAUACAGUUAAACUUAUAUGGGACGAAUACUACACCACAGGAAAUUUACAGUCCGAUCUUUUAAGCAGAAUUUGGGAAAAAGCAGAUGAAAAAUUGUUGAAAUCCUUGAUAAAGGAAAACGCAUCAAUUGAAAAGGACGAUCCUCGUUUUCUUUUGCAUCACAAAGAAGUUCUGUUAUCAUACAUGCAGAGGCUUGGUUUGAUAGCGAUUGGCGAAACAUCUCAUUACGUGCCUUGCAUGAACAAAAAGCCCUUCGCUGACCAACAGAUGGAUAUCAUUAAAAAAGCACCUCUGAGGUCCACUGUUUUAGUGUUUUUAUUCGAUUUUUUGCCGUUCUUUCUUUUCUAUCGGCUUGUCGUAAAACUAAUGGUCAAUAGAACCUUUAAAGUUCUAAGGAACAAAGAUAUAAGUUGUUUGUAUAAAAAUGCUGCUUUGUUUAGUUACAAAGAUCACAAUAUUGCUGUAGCAGUGACAUCAACCACAAUUCAACUGCAAAUUUAUCAGCCCGAGUCAGGCCUCAAGUUAAAGAAGAAAGUCACAUUGUUUAUUAGACAAAAUAUUGAACAGGUAAUGGAAGAUAUUACCACAACUUUUCAUAAACAUCUAUCAUAUAGAAUAGGAUAUACCUGUGACGAAGAAGAAGACCAAAUACUGGGUAAAGGGAUGACACACAACUUCAUUGAUGAGACUGAACUGAAAGCAAGGAAAAAAAUGACGUGUCCUAAUCAUCAAAUGGAAAAUCGCCAUACGAUCAAUCCUAAAUAUUUGCGAGAUUACUGGAAUUAAAGUUUAAAGGAGUGAUCAAA